CGCAGCGCCCGCGGCGGCCGCGGCGCCCGUGGCGGCGGCGGCGCGGCGCCUGACGAGAUGGUAGAGAAGGCCAAACAGGAGGCGUACGUGGCGUCCCGCGUGGCGGAGCUGGCGCGCGCGGGGCUGUGGGCGGAGCGCCGCCUGCCGCGGGUGUUGGAGCCGCCGCGCGCCAAGUCGCACUGGGACUACUUGCUUGAGGAGAUGGCAUGGCUCGCGCAAGACUUCGCGCACGAGCGCAAAUGGAAGAAACAAGCGGCUAAGAAGUGUGCCCGAGCAGUACAAAAGUACUUUCAAGAUAAAGCUCUGGCAGCGCAAAAGGCUGAAAAAGCUCAAGAAUUACAGUUAAAGAAAAUUGCCGCCUUUGCAGCAAAGGAAAUACGAACAUUUUGGUCCAACGUUGAAAAGUUGGUGGAGUGGAAGCGAGUGCGGCGCGUGGAGCGCGCGCGCAAGGCCGCGCUCGACGAGCAGCUCAGCUACCUCGUCGACCGCACCGAGCGAUACUCGCGCCAGCUCGCCGCCAACCUCACGCCCGGCGCGCCCCCGCCGCACGCGCCCGACGACGACGACUUCACGCCGCGCGACUGCUCCGACGACGACGAGGAGACCAUCGCCGCGGCCGAGGCCGGCGUCCAGCCCGCCGACCACCGCGACGAGCUCGAAGCGCUCCGCCGCGACUCGCGCCAGCCCCUGGGCGACCUGUUACCUCCCGGCUACAUGCCUGCCAAUUCGCCGCCGCCCUCGGACUACGGACCCGACGCCGACGAUUCGGCCGACGACGAGCGCACAAUCGCGGAGCAAGAGCGCCUCGAACCGGCCGAGGACGCCGCCGACGAGUUGGCGGCCCUGCAUCGAGACGCCGAUCUGGCCAUCGACGAAUUACGACGCCGAUACGCCCCGCGCGACGACCGCCCCGACGGCGACGGUUCGGAGACCGACCGAGACGACGGCGUCGAAGACGACGACGACGCUGAGAACGAAGACGACGAAGAACAGGAGGACGACGACGCUAGCGACGACGACUCCGAAGCCAGCGAGUCCACCGCGGCGUCGGAAGGCAUGGAAGCCCUCAUAGACGAGCCGGGCGCGGACGGCGGCCAGGCGGCGGGCGGCGAGCGGCGCGUGGAGGCGGCGGCCGUGCUGGCGGCGUCGCUGCAGCCCACGGGCACGACGCUGUCGGAGACGGCCGUGGCCACGCGCGUGCCGCGCCUCCUGCGCCACGUGCUGCGCGAGUACCAGCACGUGGGGCUGCACUGGCUGGCCACCAUGUACGCGCGCGGCCUCAACGGCAUCCUGGCCGACGAGAUGGGGCUGGGCAAGACGGUGCAGACCAUCGCCUUGCUGGCGCAUCUGGCGCUGGAGCGCGGGGACUGGGGCCCGCACCUGGUGGUGGCGCCCACGUCCGUGGUGCUCAACUGGGAGAUGGAGUUCAAGAAGUGGUGUCCCGCUUUUAAGAUCCUCACUUAUUACGGCACUAUCAAGGAGCGUAAAAUGAAACGUGUCGGGUGGACUAAAGCUAACUCGUUCCAUGUGUGCAUAACCUCGUAUAAACUCGUAGUGCAGGAUCAUCAAAGUUUUCGAAGAAAAAGGUGGAAAUAUCUUAUUCUCGAUGAGGCACAGAACAUUAAAAACUUCAAAUCUCAAAGGUGGCAGAUGCUAUUAAACUUUCAAACCGAAAGACGUCUGCUCCUGACGGGCACGCCGCUGCAGAACUCGCUGCUGGAGCUGUGGUCGCUGAUGCACUUCCUGAUGCCGGACGUGUUCGCGUCGCACUCCGAGUUCCGCGAGUGGUUCGGCAGCGUCGGCGGCAUCGCGGCCGGCAGCGCGCGCUACGACGAGGCGCUGGUGCGGCGCCUGCACGAGGUGCUGCGGCCCUUCCUGCUGCGCCGGCUCAAGGCGGACGUGGAGCGCCAGAUGCCGCGCAAGUACGAGCACGUGCUGCUCUGCCGCCUCGCCAAGCGACAGCGCUUCCUCUACGACGACUUCAUGUCGCGCGCCAAGACUAAGGAGAGUCUGGCAUCUGGGCAUCUGCUCAGUGUUAUCAACGUGCUCAUGCAGUUACGAAAAGUGUGCAACCACCCCGACCUGUUCGAGCCGCGCCCCGUCUCCUCCCCGCUGCAGCUGCCCGGCCUGCGCCUGCUGGCGCCCGCGCUCGUGCUCGCCACCGGCCUCGCGCAGCGCGCCAGCCUCGCCGCGCGCCUCGGCGGGGACCUCGCCUCGCUCGAGGCCGACGGCGCCGGCGCCUUCGCCGCACACCGCGCUCGACACUUGGCGCCGCCGCGCCGCCUCGUCGAGGAGCUGGGCGCCGGCCCGCCGCGAGCCGCGCCGCGCCCUCCGCCGGCCGGCUUGCGACUGCACCUACGACUGGUGCCACGCGCCGCGCCUCCCGACGCGGCUGCGCCCGUCCCGCCGCCCGCUCUACCGCUGCGGGCUCGCGCAGCACCACCGCCGCCCGCUGCGCCGCCCCCGGCCGCGGCGGGCGGUGCGCGCGCGGCGGAGGCUCGCAGACGCGCGUGCCUGCGACGGCUGGCGGCUCACAACGAGCGUCGUUGCUGGCGCCUGCCGCUGUACGGCAGCGACCUGCGCGCCGCCGUGCACGCGGGCGGGCCGGCGCUGGCGGCGCGCGACCUGGGCGCGGUGCUGGCGGAGCUGCAGCCGCAGUUGGAGCGGUUCUGCUGCUGUGCGUGGCGGCGGCGCGCGCGGCGGCGCCGCAGCUGGUGCUGGGCGCGGGCGCGGCGGCGCGAGACUGGCGGCGCGGCGCGGCGCGGCUGGCGGGCGCGGGCGCGGCGGCGCGGCGCGCGCUGUGGGUGUUCCACGCGGCCGCGUCGCGGCAGGCGGUGGCGUUCCCGCACCCGUCGCUGCUGCAGUACGACUGCGGUGAGUCCCGCGCGCCGGCUCGCGUCUAGCGCUAGUUUUUGCUGA